AGAUUUGUGACUAAAAACUAUUGUCAAGAAAAGGAUAUCUCAUCCAUUAUUUUUUGGUUUUACAAUUGCUGCAGUAAAGUUUUAAUCUUUUUUUGUUUACUCCCUCCCUCUCAACUGGGUUUCUUCAAAUUCAGAUUUUUUUUUUGGGAUUCGUGCAAGUCGAGUCUACUUGGUUGAAAGUUUCUGGCUUUUGAUUUGAUUUGAAGUUUGUUCGUUGAUUUUGACCACUGGGGUGCUCAGGCUUUGAAAACUAGCUCAAUCUCUCUUGGAUCCUGAAUGGUUUAAUUAUCUCAGUUUGAUCGGUGAACAUAGAGCUUAGCCGCUUAGGAUCCGUUUGGCUUUGUUGUUGGCUCAGAUUAAAGUUUCAAGCUUUUCAUUUCUCUGAAUCUGUCCUUUGUAUUUGGACGACUUGGUCUGUGUUUGCUCUCCUGGGGCAUGAACAGAACGGUAGUCUCAGGAGCUGUUGAAUCUAGUUUCUCAUUGACUGAUGCUGUUGGUUCGGAAGCUCUGAAUAUGCAGAGGAGUAGUGGCAUCAAUAAUAAUAAUAUGCGUAUCCCAACAUCACCAAUGUCUUUCUCCCCGAAUAGCAUUAGCAUGCCGGGUUCAUUGGUUCUUGAUGGCUCUGCUUCAAUGCAACACUUACCUCAGCAGCAGCAGCAGUACCAACUACAACAGCAAGCUGGGCAAGGUUCAGUUCCAAUGAGGGAGAACAGUUACUCCCAUGUCGAUAAGAAACCCAGAGUAGAAGUGAAGCAAGAGGACAUGUUGCAGCAGCAGAUUUUACAGCAGUUGAUCCAGCGUCAAGACCCCACUGGAAGGAAUCCGCAGUUGCAAGCUUUGCUUCAGCAGCAGAGACUAAGGCAACAUCAGCAGAUUCUUCAAUCCAUGUCACCCUCUCAGAGACUCCACUUCCAGCAACAGCAUCAGCUGAGACAGCAAUUACAGCAACAAGGCACUCAACAGAUCCCUCCUAAUGUACGUCCUUAUGAAGUUGGCGUGUGUGCUCGCAAAUUGAUGAUGUACUUGUAUCACCUGCAGCAACGACCUGCUGAAAAUUGCAUUACCUAUUGGAGGAAAUUUGUGGCAGAAUACUUUUCACCUCGUGCAAAGCAAAGGUUGUGCUUGUCACAGUACGAAAGUGCUGGGCACCAUGCCCUUGGCAUGUUUCCACAGGCUGCUCCGGAUAUGUGGCAGUGUGAUCUUUGCGGCACCAAGUCUGGAAAGGGAUUUGAGGCAACCUUCGAUGUGCUUGCCAGACUUAUUGAGAUUAAAUUUGCGAGUGGCAUCAUUGAUGAGCUCUUAUAUCUGGACCACCCACGAGAAAACAGAUUUCCUAAUGGACUGAUGAUGUUAGAAUACAGAAAAGCAGUUCAGGAAACUGUACACGAGCAAUUUCGUGUUGUCCGUGAGGGCCAUCUUCGCAUCAUAUUCUCUCAAGAUCUGAAGAUACUGUCUUGGGAGUUUUGUGCUCGGCGUCAUGAAGAGCUUCUUCUUCGCAGACUUAUUGCUCCACAGGUGAACCAGUUGCUUCAGGUUGCACAGAAAUGCCAGAGCACGAUUUCAGAUAGUGGUUCAGAGGGAGUUUCUCAGCAGGAUUUACAGUCAAACAGUAACAUGGUCUUGGGAGCAGGACGGCAGCUAGCAAAGUUUAUGGAAUUACAGUCGCUGAAUGAUCUUGGCUAUCCAAAAAGAUAUAUCCGAACACUACAAAUAUCUGAAGUUGUCAAGAGCAUGAAGGAUCUGAUGAAUUUCACUAGCGAGCACAAAAUUGGCCCUAUUGAGGGGUUGAAACAGCUUCUGGAACAGACGGCAACAGUGAAGCUCCAGAGACAGAAAAUGCAAGAGAUGGAGGAGUUUGGGAGUAGUGGAGCAAUGAGUGGGCCAGCUCAAUCUCAAAUGGCGUUAUCCUCAGGAGCGAUGGGCGGCUCAACUGCCAACAACAACUCCAAUAAUCACCAUCAAAUUGUUGGUCGUGGAGCUAUGAAUGGCUCAUCUCAAGCGGCAGCAGAUCUGACCAACUACCAAAGCAUGCUUAUGAGACAAAAUGCUAUGAAUAACCCAAACUCAAAUACGGGCAAACAAGAGGGGUUCUCGAGUCAGAACCCUACCCCAAACUCAAACCAGAGUCCAUCUUCGUCGUCCCAUCAGAGGCAGAACCUAGCUACCAGUGGAUUUCCCAGCUCUCCUCAAAUGCAACAGCAGCAGCGCGCCAUGAAUGGCGCUCCUAACAUGCUUCCGCAGAAUCAUCCUCAUCAUUUGGAAUCACCACAUUCACAUGGUAACAAUCAGGAGCAGCAGAUGCUUCAUCAGCUGUUGCAGGAGAUGUCGGAAAAUGGAGCGAGUGUGCAACAGCAACAAGCCUUUUCGGGUCAAAGUGGUAGCAACAGUAACACUGAGAGAAACACAACUGCAUCUACUUCCAACAUCUCAGGAGGAGGCCAAGUACCAAGCCGCAACAACAGUUUCAAAGCAGCAUCAAACAACAACCUUCAUUUGCCGGAAGAUAUAUCGGUUCCAGAACUAUCUCAUGAUUUCUCAGAAGAUGGCUUCUUCAACAACAGCGAUAUCUAUGGUGGCUUGUAAUAUCCAAGCAGAACAGAAGCAUUGUUACUUUGACUUAACACAGUGAAAGAGAAUUUAGGGCUUAUUCUUCUCAUUUAGGUUGGUCUUUGUAUAGAAACCAAAGAGAUAUGAGACCAACGAAGGAAGAUUUGUGGUAACUUCAUAGGCACUUUAGCUUUCAUCUCCUUUUCCCCUUUUAGUGAUAGUGAGAUGAAAUCUUAGAUAAUGAUUUCUGCCAACACUAUCAAGUAAUCUUAUUCUUUUUUUUUAACAAUCUGUUUAUACUUUAUAGAGAGGUUUUUUAAGUUGCU